AUGUUCUUGUGGCUUUUUAUCUCCUGGUUUCUGCAGAUGCCAACUUUCAUCUGGAUCUGUGUGACCUCUUCGUGCCUAUCCAAACAAAAAUACCAGUUACACUAUGAUGGGGAUGUAGUGAUUAGUGCCUUUGUCCCCAUUUUUUAUUUCUUCCCACGGAAUGAAACAAUAGAUUGGAAAACAUUAUCUCUUGACAAAUAUGGUGGGCUAAAGUUGCGUGUAGAAAACUACCAGCUUAUUUUGGCUCUGUUAUUUGCCAUCGAGGAAAUCAACAAAAACUCCCAUAUUUUACCAAACACCUCUCUGGGAUUUGAAGUAUAUAAUCUCCCACAUUUUGAAAGGAAUGUUCUGAGGAGUGUAUUUUAUUGGCUCACAGGUUUGAGCAUUUUCAUCCCUAAUUACAGUUGUGGAAAAGAGAGCAAAUCAGUUGCUACACUUACUGGAAAAUCAUUGAAAACAUCUGAACUCAUUGGGAGAGUGCUGGAUAUUUACAAAUUUCCUCAGCUCACUUUUGGGCCUUUUGAACAUGUUCUGGACGACGGAAUCCACUUUCCAUCUCUGUACCAGGUGGCUCCCAAAGACACAUCUCUUGCACAUGGCAUUGCCUCUUUGUUGCUUCAUUUCAACUGGACUUGGGUAGGACUCUUCAUUACAGAUGACCACAGAGGUACUCAGUUUCAAUCAGACUUUAGAAAGGAGAUGGACAGAGGUAGAAUCUGCAUAGCAUUUGUAGAAACAGUGACAUCCCUGGGGGAAUCAUUAUAUUAUAUCUCCUCCCACGCUCAGGUACAUAUUCUAGAAUCAUCAGCAAAUGUAGUUGUAAUUUAUGGAGAAAUUGCUAUUCUAUUGACUGCCAUAGCAAGAGAAUGGAACAAGUAUAUAACAAGGAAAGUUUGGGUCACAAACUCAAAAUGGGCUGGACAAAAUUUUCAGAAAUAUAACAUGUUAGAUUUGUCCCAUGGUAGUCUGAUUUUUUCACCUCAUCAUGGGGAGAUUUUUGCCUUCACAAAAUUCAUUCAGGAAGCUACUCCUACCAAGUAUCCAGAAGAUUUUUAUCUUCACUUAAUGUGGAAUUUGUAUUUCAAUUGCUCAUUUUUGGAUUCCGGUUGUAAAAUCUUUGAAAACUGUCAACCAAAUGCCUCUUUGGAAUUGUUGCCAGGGAAUAUUUUUUACAUGAUCAUGACUGAAGAGAGUUUAAAUGUAUACAAUGCUGUAUAUGCAGUGGCCCAAAGUCUCCAAGAGAUGACUCUCAGUAAAAUUCAAGUUGAAACACAGGCAAAUAAAGAUAGGACUAUGCUAUUCCCCUGGCAGCUUCACCGUUUUCUGAAGAAUAUUCAAGUGAAAAAUUCUGUUGGUGACCAUGUGGUUCUGGAUGGGAAACGGAAGGCAGACACAGAGUAUGAUAUCACCAACCUUUGGAAUUUCCCCAAAUAUCUUUCACUCUUUGUAAAAGUGGGGACAUUUUCUCCAAGUGCUCCCAAGGGGCAACAAUUGUUGAUAUCAGAAGAUGUGAUUCAGUGGCCCAUAGGAUUUACAGAGAUUCCUCAGUCUGUAUGCAAUAAGAACUGCAGUCCUGGAUCCAAGAAAAUCAUCCUGGAGGGCAAGGCUGUCUGUUGCUUUGAGUGCACACCUUGCCCAGAAAAUGAGAUUUCCAAUAAGACAGGUAUGGAUCAGUGUGAAAAAUGUCCAGAAACUCAUUAUGCAAAUGCAGAAAAGAGACACUGCCUUCCGAAAACUGUGAAUUUUCUGGCCUAUGAUGAUCCCUUGGGUAAGGGACUCACACUCAUAUCCCUGGGAUGCUCUACACUCACAGCUCUUGUUAUUGUCAUCUUUGUAACCCACAGAGACAAUCCAAUUGUUAAGGCCAAUAAUAAAUCUCUCAGUUAUACCCUGCUCAUCACUCUAACCUUCUGUUUCCUCUGUCCCUUGCUCUUUAUUGGCCUUCCAAACACCACUACAUGUAUUCUACAGCACAACUUAUUUGGAAUUCUGUUUACUGUGGCUCUGUCCACUGUGCUGGCCAAAACUAUCACUGUAGUUUUGGCCUUCAAGAUUACUGCUCCAGGGAGAAAGGCAAGAUGGUUGCUGAUAUCAAAGGCCCCUAUUUUCAUCAUUCCGUUUUGCACAUUGUUGCAAAUAAUUAUCUCUGUUCUAUGGCUGGCAACAUCUCCUCCAUUUAUUGAUACGGAUACACAUUCUGAACAUGGACACAUCAUCAUUUUAUGCAACAAGGGUUCAGCUAUUGCCUUCUAUUGCACCCUGGCCUACCUCAGAGUCAUGGCAUUUGGUAGUUACCUUAUGGCUUUCUUGUCUAGAAAUCUACCUGACGCAUUUAAUGAAGCCAAAUUCCUGGCUUUCAGCAUGCUGGUGUUCUGCACAGUCUGGGUCACCUUCCUCCCUGUCUACCACAGCACCACAGGGAAGGUGAUGGUGGCUAUGGAAAUGUUCUCUAUCUUGGCUUCCAGUGCUGGAAUUCUAAGCCUAAUAUUUGCCCCUAAGUGCUACAUUAUUUUGUUCAAGUCACAUAGGAACACUGUUCAUCACAUCAGGGACAAAAGUCACGAUAAGAACAAAAUUUACCUAAAAUAUAGUUCACAUGAGUCUACAAACUGA